AAUCAUCCGUCUCUCCCCGGCUUCGACCACCAUCUUGGCUGCUUUCCAGGCGACAGCAUCGGGAAGGACGGCUCUGUUUUGGUUUGUGUCUCACACCAGGAGUGCAGCAAUGGCAGAGCAUCUGUCCCAGAGUGAGCUGGACUACCCAUUCAAACUUCUGGAGUAUUUCAACGGCUUCAGGGUCUCCAAGGUGAUAUUUUCAGCCUGUGAGCUGGGAGUGUUUGACCUCCUGCUCAAGUCCCAGGAGCCUCUGAGUGCGCAGCAUGUGGCCCGGGAGCUGGGCACCAGUGUGGACGGGAUGGAGAGGCUGCUGGACGCCCUGGUGGGCAUCGAGAUCCUGGAGGUGGAGACCACAGAUGGGACAGCUUUCUACAGCAGCACUGACGUGGCGAACCUUUACCUGGCCAAAGGCAGCGCCAAGUCUCUUCACGACAUGAUCAUCUACCAAUCCCAGACCAUCUACCCUCUGUGGAAUAACAUGGUGGACGCCGUCAGGGAGGGGAGGAAUCAGAAUGAAAAGACCUUUGGCCUUCCACCAGAGGAUGUUUUCCAAGCUAUUUACAGAUCGGAGGAGGAGAUGCUGAAAUUCAUGGGUCUCAUGAACUCCUCGUGGGUUCUUGACGGACACGACAUCGUGACAGCGUUCAACCUCUCAUGCUUCCAGACGAUUGUAGAUCUUGGAGGUUGCACUGGUGCUCUGGCUCGUGAGAUGGUGAAGGCGUAUCCCUCCUCCUCCGUCACAGUGUUUGACCUCCCGCAGGUCGUGGAAUCGGCUCAGAAACAUUUCUCUCAGGAGAACGAUGCCAUUGUGUUUCAGACUGGAGAUUUCUUCAGUGGUGACGUCCCUGCUGCUGACUUGUACGUUCUGGCCAGAAUCAUUCAUGACUGGCCUGAAGAGAAGUGCCUGACUCUGCUGAAGAAGAUCUACAACACCUGCAGACCAGGUGGUGGCGUCCUGCUGGUGGAGGCCAUGCUGUUUGAGAACAGACGAGGGCCCGUCAUGGCUCAGAUCUUCUCCCUCAACAUGCUGGUGCAGGCGGAGGGCCGGGAGCGUCCGCCAUCUGAGUACACCCACAUGCUGAAGAAGACCGGCUUCCAAAACGUUCAGGUGUGUCGGACUGGAAAGUCCUACGAUGCCAUCCUGGCCAUCAGAUGAGCUCAGACUCAGAGUGUCAGUCAAGUGAAACAUUCCUUAAAAGUCUGGGAAAGUAAAGAACACUUACCUUGAACAUUUCAAGGCUUUGAAAAGUUGAGGAUAAGAAAACGAAACUAAAAGCCCCGGAACUGUUGUGCACAUGGAUCCCUGUUAUAUGUUGUGGUCAACCCUCGUGACUUGUUUUCAUGGUUUGUACUAAUACAAACAUUUUCUGGACUGAGGUAGCUGAUGGAUAAUAUUUGUAAUCAAUACCUGCCUCUGUAAGUAAUACUGCAAACAUAUUAAAGAAUCAGAGCAAAGUGCUGAUUUAGAUUCAAUCAAAAUCAACUGAUACUAAAGUAAAUGUUUGACAUUUUGGCAACUGCGCUUAUUCGUUGUCUUUCUGAGUGUGAGAAGAUUGAUACCACUCUCAUAUUUAUACGGUUAAUAUGUCACUAUUACCAGCAGCCGGUUAGCUUAGCAUAGCAUAAGCUAGACUGCCUCUUUAAAACGGUAACAAAUCCUUAUACCAGCACUUGCAAAUCUCACUAAUUAACAUUGUUUGUUUACAAUAAAGUGUAAAACCAUUAAGUUGUGGUUUUAUUGGGGUCUGUUUUCCUACUUUCGUGUAUUUAUGCUAAGCUAACUGGCCGCAGGCCUAAUAUUGAACAGUCAACUAUGGGAGUGGUAUAAAUCUUCUCAUGUAAAUCUCAGUAAGAAAGGGAAUGUUUAUUUCACAAAAUGUCAAACUAUCCCUUUAAAGGUUUCCCAUAGACAGUCAAUAUGCUGUAGGUUCAGUUAUUUGAUAUUUUUUGAUAAAUGCACUGAUCUGGUUUUGUGAAGCUGAUAUUAAUUUCUUUUUUAAAGAACCAUGUUGCAAAUGCAGGUGAUGCUUUUCAGGCUGGCCUGAUGUUUUUAACAACAGUUGUGAAGCAAAAGAUACAUGUUUUUAUUUGUACUGUUUUUAAGUGACAUGCUCGUAGAAAAGGGUCACAAAAAUAUAUCACAUAUGCCUGAAUCAAACAGUGAAUAGUCCUUGGUAUCGUAUGAGAUUAUAGUUCUGAUAUUUCUCAAGUGUCAUGGAGGUGCAUUCUAAAAAAUAUUAACCAAUUAAUGACAGAUUUGGGAUAGCAUUUCAAGCAUAUUUGAUCAAUAUCAUAUAAACAUAGUCUUGGAAAAAAGACUAUUUUCUAUCUUUUUUAUGAGAAAGGUUAUAUUUAUAAUCCUCAAUCAUUUGAUUUUCACUUGUUUUAUAAUAUUCAAAAUAAAUGCCAAGAAGCCCGUAAAUACAUAAUUAAACUUCAACAUUUCCAUCUAAUCUACAGAGUGAUAUGACUCUGUUGUCCAAAUCAUCAGUAGGACUGUGACUGUCCUGAGAUACUGAGAUAAACAGUGUUGUCACUUUGCAAACCAUUAUGUCUGUGCAUUUUUCUUUUUGGAUAACUGAAUAUUAUUAUUAUUAUUUUUAAAUCUUUUUAAAGAUAAUAACAUCAAAAGAAACACCAGCAUCAUGUCAUCCAUAUCAUAAGCAUUAUAACACUGGUUCAUAGUUCUGCAUAAUGUGUGUAUAAUUAUCCAUGAAUGACAAAUGAAUACAAGAAGGGUAAAAAAGUACAAAUCAUUUCUGUCUGUUGGUCCAUCUCAUGGAUCUGUAGGUGGAUAUUAAUGAUCUUUGCGUGUCUGUUUUUGGAUUUCACAGCCAGAGAAGCGAAUUCAAUUUGUAUGUGUUGAUUUAUUUUUCAUUCCGUUGUCAUGUCAGAAAGUGAAGAGAGGAGGCAAAGACUGGUUAAAAAAAAAAGAAAAAAAAAGAAAAGUGAAGAUGUUUUCUGUGUUGUGGUGUUGUGUGCCUCUCUCAGCAGACCCUUCACGUUUACCUCUGUCUAUCCUUUGCUUGUGUAAGAAAUUCUAUUUUCUUUAUUUUUUCUCUCCCUGUCACAGUGUGAGGGCUGUUUGAAGGAAAAAUCUAUUUACUACUAUUUAAAACUGGAUCUUGUCUGUGUUUAUUAUGCUGUUUGUGUAUUUCCUUUUUUUCCCCCGUGGUGAUGUUGCAGUACUCGGAACAGCAGCAAGUGUGAUUGGACAAAAUGUUUCAGUGUAAAAAAAAAAAAAAAAUGAAGAGUUUACACCAUAAAUCAGUUUAGAUCAUCUCAGCACCAAAUAGCUGCUAAAGUGAUUACAGCAGUGAGAGUUUCUCUUUUUAAAUUGAGAUUAUAGAUUUUUGUGAUUUGCAUGUGUUAUGAGGUGUGAAUGCAAAACAUCAAGGUGUGCAAUAGAAACACAUGGCUUGUUUUUUUGUCUUCUUGUGUUUCCACUAAACAUGUUGACAGCAUGCAUCCUUCAGAUGGAAUAACAGAGACACAUGAUGUUUAUUCACUGUAAAUGGUUCAGUUUUUUGUUCCUAU